AUGCCAGGCCCUGCUGUCCUGGGCUUCAGCCUCGCAACUCUCUUGGGCUUUGGGACAGGGGCCCCUUUGUGCCUGUCACAGCAGCUCAGAAUGCCAGGGAACUAUGUGUUAGGUGGGCUCUUCCCGCUGGGAGCAGCUGAGGAGGCCGGUCUCCGCACCAGGACCCAGCCCAGCAGCCCUGUGUGCAACAGGUUUUCACCCCUUGGCCUGCUCUGGGCGCUGGCUAUGAAGAUGGCCGUUGAGGAGAUCAACAAUGGGUCCACCCUGCUGCCGGGGCUGCAGCUGGGCUAUGACCUCUUUGACACCUGCUCAGAGCCUGUGGUGGCCAUGAAGCCCAGCCUGAUGUUUCUGGCGAAGGCCGGCAGCUGCAGCAUUGCUGCCUACUGUGACUAUGCGCGCUACCAGCCACGUGUGCUGGCUGUCAUCGGGCCCCACUCUUCGGAGCUUGCCCUCAUCACGGGAAAGUUCUUUGGCUUCUUCCUCAUGCCUCAGGUCAGCUAUGGUGCCAGCAUGGAUGGGCUCAGCAUCCGGGAGACCUUCCCCUCCUUCUUCCGCACAGUGCCCAGUGACCGCACACAGCUGUUGGCUGUGAUGAAACUGUUACAAGAAUUCAGCUGGAACUGGGUGGCUGCCCUGGGCAGUGAUGAUGAGUAUGGCCGUCAGGGCUUAAGCAUCUUCUCAAGCAUGGCCAGCACACAGGGUAUCUGCAUCGCGCAUGAGGGCUUGGUGCCGCUGUCUAGUGCCAAUGACCUGGUGAUGCGCAAGGUGCAGGCCCUGCUGCACCAGAUCAACCAGAGCAACGUGCAGGUGGUGGUGCUAUUUGCAUCUGCCCAUGCUGCCCACUUACUCUUCAGCUAUAGCAUCCGUUUUAAUCUCUCACCCAAGGUGUGGGUGGCCAGUGAGGCCUGGCUGACCUCUGACCUGGUCAUGGAACUGCCCGGCAUGACCCAGAUGGGAACGGUGCUCGGCUUCCUGCAUCAGGGUGACCUGCUGCCCAACUUCUCUCAGUACGUGAAGAACCGCCUGCACCUGGCUGCCAACCCAGCCUUCUGUGCCUCACUGAAGGCUGAGCAGCCAGGCCUGGAGGAGCAUGUGGUGGGGCCCCGCUGCCCACAGUGUGACCACAUCACAUUGCAGAAUGUAUCAGCUGGACUACUGCACCACCGGCCUUUUGCCGCCUAUGCAGCCGUGUACAGCGUGGCCCAGGCCCUGCACAACACGCUGCAGUGCAGCAGCUCCGGCUGCCCUGCGCGGGAGCCCGUGCGGCCUUGGCAGCUCCUGGAGAACAUGUACAACAUGAGCUUCCGAGCUGGUGGCCUAGAGCUGCGGUUUGACGCCGGUGGGAAUGUGAACCUGAAGUACGACCUGAAGCUAUGGGUGUGGCGGGACCCAACACCUGAGCUGCGCACUGUGGGCACCUUCAAUGGGAGCCUGUGGCUGCAGCGCUCCAAGAUCUGCUGGCACACACACUCCAACCGGGUGCCGGUGUCCCAGUGCUCGCAGCAGUGCCAAGAAGGCCAGGUGCGCCGAGUCAAGGGUUUCCACUCCUGCUGCUACGACUGUGUGGACUGCAAGCCAGGCAGUUACCAGCACAGCCCAGAGGACCCCACCUGUACUCCGUGCAGAAAGGAUCAGUGGUCCCCGCAACGGAGCCGGAAGUGCUUCUCCAGGAGACACACAUUCCUAGCCUGGGGGGACCCGACUGUGCUGGUGCUGCUGCUACUGCUGGGCCUGGUGCUGGCCCUGGUGCUGGCCGCCCUGGGUCUCUUUGUCCACCACCGGAACAGCCCUCUGGUGCAGGCCUCAGGUGGGCUGCUGGCUUGCUUUGGCCUGGCCUGCCUGGGCCUGGUCUGCCUCAGUGGCCUCUUAUUCCCUGGCCGGCCAAGCCCCGCUAGCUGCCUGGCCCAGCAGCCACUAUGCCACCUCCCACUCACAGGCUGCCUGAGCACACUCUUCCUGCAGGCAGCCGAGACCUUCGUGGAGUCAGAGCUACCGCCAAGCUGGGCAGACAGGCUGCACAGCCGCCUGCGGGGGCCCUGUGCCUGGAUGGUGGUGGUGCUAGCCCUGCUGGUGGAGGCAGCGCUGUGUGCCUGGUACCUGAUAGCUUUCCGGCCAGAGGUAGUGAUGGACUGGCACGUGUUGCCCACAAAGGCAUUGGUACACUGCCGCGUGCACUCCUGGGCUGGCCUUGGCCUGGUGCACACCCUCAAUGCCAUACUGGCCUCCCUCUGCUUCCUGGGUACCUUCCUGGUACGCAGCCAGCCUGGUCGCUACAGCCGUGCCCGUGGCCUCACCUUUGCCACACUGGCUUACCUCAUCACCUGGGUCUCCUUCGUGCCCCUCCUGGCCAAUGUGCAGGUGGCCCACCAGCCUGCCGUGCAGAUGGGUGCGGUCCUCUUCUGUGCCCUGGGCAUACUGGUGGCCUUCCACCUGCCCAAGUGCUACCUGCUAGUGAGGCAGCCAGAGCUCAACACCCCAGAGUUCUUCCUGGGAGGGCGUUCCAGGGACGCCACAAGCAGGGAGAGCAGUGGGGGAGAGGAAGGAACUCGGGGGAAGAGCGAAUGA